AGAGAAGGGAAGGGAUAAGCCACUUGUGGAGAACUCGUGCCACAAAACACAUUCAUUUAACUCUCUUCACAAUCUUCACUCAUAUAGCCAAAACUCAAUCCAAUCAAGAUAUAUUACCUACACUAACAAUAUUUUUUCUUGACCCUUUAUUCAUUCCACCAAUUCCUAUACACAAAUUCAAGAAAUACAAUUCCAAUGGCUUCUUUGAACUUUUUUGUUCCUCCAAUUGCAACUACCCAAAGAAGAGUAGUAUAUACUAGAGCCACAUCAGCAAAAAAUUCCGGAGGAAGCAAAGAAGAGAAGUCAAUUCUGGAUUUUGUCAUUGGGGCAAUAACUAAGGAAGACCAAUUAUUAGAGACUGAUCCAAUCUUGCAAAAAGUGGAGGGCAAAAGUGGCACUGGCACCACAACUGUCAGCAGCAAAAAGAAAUCAGUUUCAGUCCCUCCUCCCAAGAAGAAUUCCAAUGGUUUCGGAGGCCUCGGUGGCCUCUUCGCGAAGAAAGAAUGAUCUCAGACGGAUUUAGAAAUUUAAGUCGGUCGGUAUAAAAUUCUACAGAACAUUCGUCAAUUUUAUGCAUUUAAUCCUGUAUGUGAUCCAUAUAUAUAUAUAUAUGUACCUCUUUCCCUUGUAAUUUGAUCUUCAAUUCAAUAUUUCACUUGAUAUGAACUUA